AUGGAAGCGUACAGUAAACUGGAAAAGAUAUUCACGAAAAUUUAUCGUUUUCGUCAUCUUUGUUCCCUGGCGUUCUGGGACAUACAAGUGAUUAUGCCGCCGGGCGGUGCUGAGGCUCGUGGUGCGGCCCUUGGGGAGCUCGAGCUGUACAUCCACGGACUACUCACCGAUCCCGCGACAGGCGCCUUGCUGGAGGAGGCAGAAAAGGCCCAGCAACAGCUGGGAACGCUGCAACGGGCAAACAUUCGUGAGAUGCGUCUUCAGUGGGAACGGGAGAAUCUUCUUCCAGAGGACCUUCUCAGGAAGAAGUCGGAACUAACGACUAAAGCUCAGUAUAUAUGGAGAAAGAGCCGAGAAACGAACGACUACGGUCUGUGGCUGCCUGUGUUCAAGGAGCUGGUGACGCUGUUUCGGGAGAUGGGUGCCGCCCUGGCUGGGGACUCUGGAAAGCACCCCUAUGAGGCGCUCUUUCACCUUUUCGAGCCUGGCAUGCCUCUCCAGCGAGUGGACGAUAUAUUUAACGAUGUGAAAUCGUGGCUUCCCGCGCUUAUUCAUGAGGUGCAGGAGAAGCAAAAGGCGUCGGUGGAGGUUUUGGAGCCUGUUGGUCCGUUUCCCCUCGAAGCUCAGCGCGAGCUCAGCCGUUACUGCAUGAACGUGUGGAAGUUUGAUUUUGACGCCGGUCGCCAGGACAUCAGCGCCCACCCGUUCUGCGGGAACGUUAAGGAGGAUGUGCGGAUCACCACAAAGUACAACGAGCAGCGCUUCGAGGAAGGUCUCAUGGGGGUGUUGCAUGAGACCGGGCACGCAAAGUAUGAGCAAAACUGCGGCCCCAAGGAAAUGGCUACUCAGCCUGUUGCCACAUCCCGUUCUCUCGGCGUGCAUGAGGGGCAAUCGCUCUUUUCAGAGCGUAUGAUUGGUCGUUCACAACCCUUCCUGGAGUUUAUUCUGCCGAAGCUGAAGGAGUUAUUUGGUGACCAACCAGCCUUUACGGUGAGGAACAUGACGAGAUACAUGCGCCGUGUGAAGCCUGGUUUCAUUCGGAUCCGUUCGGAUGAAGUGUGCUACACUAUGCACGUUAUUCUCCGCUACGAGAUUGAGCGUGACCUGAUUGAGGGAAAACUGCGCGUUGAGGACGUCCCCACAGUGUGGAACGAAAAGAUGAAGUCGUAUUUGGGGGUUGAGACUCUUGGCAACGACAGGGAUGGAUGCCUGCAGGACAUUCAUUGGGCUAUUGGGUCCAUGGGAUACUUCCCAACCUACUCCUUGGGGGCGAUGGUCGCGGCGCAGCUGAUGGCCUCCAUCCGGCGGGAUCUCGGGGAGGAUGUGGUGGACGACUGCAUCCGCAAGGGCGAACUCCGCCCCAUUCUUGAGAAGCAGCGGGAAAAAAUAUGGCAGCACGGCUCCAUCUUCACAACAGAGGAGCUUUUAACCCAAGCCACGGGGGAGCCUCUGAACCCGGCAUACUUCCGCAAGCACCUCGAGCGGUAUCUUCUUGAGGGUGCUGAUUAA